GCAUAGAUGCAUCACAAAAUGCACGCAUAGGCAUAAACGCGCUUCGACUGCAUCGUUGGUUCGCAAGAGCAGCCAAUAGAUUUUAGGUACAGCGGGCGACCUGAGAUACACACAUCGGCUUCUCGUAUAGCAAGAUGGCGGGGGCUAGGGCGAGAACCAACUCGGCGGUCCGUGUUCUUGUGGUGAUGGCAGUGGAACUGUUGGUGAUGCUGAGGAGUGCGGAGGCGGCGACGUACACGGUGGGCGGCUCCACAGGCUGGACCAACGUGGUGAACGGGGGGGCCUCCUUCUACUCUAGCUGGGCCAGCGGCAACACCUUCAACGUGGGCGACAUUUUAGUCUUCAACUUCGUCUCUGGCCAGCACGACGUUGCCAUCGUCUCGGAGUCGGACUUCAGCAGCUGCAACACCGGUUCUCCGAUCACUCUCCUGACUAAUCCGCCGGUGAACUACCCCCUCAAUACCACCGGGACCGUCUACUUCAUAUGCACCCACGACUCUCAUUGCUCGCAGGGCCAAAAGCUGUCUGUCACGGUCGGCACCACUUCCGGCCCCACCACCAGCCCGCCCGGCACAACCAGCCCGCCUGGCACCGCCACCCCGCCUGGCACCACCACCACUCCGCCUCCACCACCGCCCAGUUCCGGCACUUAUGCGUAUGUCUCAUGCGGUGCCAUGUUCACUUCUAUGGCCAUUUAUCUAUUUAUGAUGUGGUAGGAGCUUUGGUGUUGAUUGACUAGGUCUCUCAUUUGUAUGAAUAAGAAUAUUGUCGUCAUGUACCUACGUUAUGUCAUUGUCUCUCUUGUCGAUGAGAAUAAAACUUGCGUAAUUUCUAUGUUAUUAUA